AUGAGGACUGCCUCCAGACUUGCACGCGUGACGUACUCGACGCAAGCGGUCCCGAGCACAGGCCAUUCGAACCUGCGACGUUCCACCACCAUCGCGUUCAACGGCCUGAAUGCCGAUUUCGACAAGGACGAGGUCCGCGGGUUCUUCUCGCAGUUCGGGCGUAUACUUGGGGUCAACUUGAAAGAAACAUCGUACAAAGGAUUAUCCAUAGCCGGCCACGUCCGUUUUGCCUCGCUAGAGUCGGCCAAUAAGGCCUUGGCGCUCAAUGGCACGGAGGUCCUGAAGCGCAGGAUGCUCGUCCAACCGCUCUUCGAACUCCAAGACACGAUUAUGGUUGGAUGCCUUCCGUUUGGCGUGGAACGCGAACGAGUGAAAGCAGUGUUCUCUGCGUGCGGGGAGGUCUCCGAUAUCAUGUUGCUUUCCAGUCUGCCGGGCGAGGAGAAGAACUGGGCAUAUGGCUUCAUUCGAUUUACCUCGUCGGCUUCCGUUCCCAAGGCGUUGAAGUUCCACGGCAAGAAGUUAUUUGAUGAAAAAUAUCUACACGUCGACCGCGCUACGCAGAGGGAAGACGCACUAUCGAUAUGGGACGAGCACGCCGUGAAGAGCGAAAAGGCCGCGCGGAGAAUCAGAGUCUACAAUAUUCCUCCCCAAAUCGACGAGGACAGGUUGCAUGCCGAGUUCGCGGAUUACGGAGAGAUCAUCUUCGCGCGCAUCUGGAGGGUACUCAGCACAGGCAGACCGGUCGGGUACGGCUACGUCGAGUUCAAAUCAUCAGAGUCGGUUGAAAGGGCUCUUGGCGCUGAAAAGACACUUGCUGGCCACCACCUGCACAUCUCUCGUGCACCGGCUCUGCGACCCUUGGCCCUCGACUAUGCUCCUCGACCCAUAGAGACCGUCCCUGAAUCAACGCGGACAGUCUUCGUCGGCCGCCUCGCACACGAAAUUAGCGAUGACCGGCUUGCUCACGAGUUUGGCCGGUUUGGGGAGGUCGCGAGCGCGCGGGUUGCGCGCGGAGGGGGUUCGCGACCACUCGGAUAUGGAUACGUCAACUUUGCCUCUCUGGAGGGUGCAGAGAAAGCCGUCGAGAAUGACCAGAUCUUGAAGAUCAAUGGUUUUUCUGUGAGGAUAUGCCGCAGCCAUGCAGUUCCCAAACACCGUCGUGCCGAUGCUCGGCCUUCUACUUCUGCACUCGACUCAGUCGGCGGCGCCAGUAGAUCGGACUCGUGGGAGCAGGACUACUGA